AGAGCCGCCUCCUGUCUGAUGAGUUCUACACUGGCAACCCUAAAACCAAGGAGGAAGUUGGUAGGCAGUGUCACCCCUUGGACUGGUUGAGAUGGGCAGGGCAGGGUCUCACUUGCCCUAGGGAAGCAGCCUCCACUGUCUGGUUAAAUGAAGCACUAGCGCCCCCCCCCCCCCGCCCUGCCCCACUGCACACUAAUUCUACUCAUGUAGCCCAUUGCAUUAUCUAUUGCACUUUGGUUACUGCAUCCAGCUGCCAUUCAGGUAUUGGUAACUUAAACUGGUUGAUCUGCAAGGUUACAUACAGCUGCCUGGCAGGCUGCUAAACACAGGCCUGCAACAGGGUUUCUCCUAGUCUGUAAGUAAAGAGUGGGAAGGCAGGGAUGGGAACCUGCAGUCCUAGCCCUGAUUUCAUGCAUGUGGCAAGGGGAGGGUGGCAGAGAAAAAAUGGGUGGAGAAAGAAGGGGAAAGGGUACAUUCUUCCCCCACUUGGCUUGGAUCCUGGUUGCUGCCAGCAUGCAGCCAUGGCAGAUUACCCUGAGUGAGUGUGGCUUUUGACAGGGAAGUGGGGGGGGGCAUUCAGUUAAUGUCCUGCACCUGCAUACAAAACUCACACCGCCCAAAUACUGAAUGGGUUCAGUUCUCUAGGACAGGGCACAGCAGGAGCAGGUGGGACCCAGUGUGCUUCACUUCCUUGCGAGUCACGUUAAUUCAUCUUAAUUAAUCCGGAAUACGUGCCACUUCCAGCUCUGGGGCUAGAAAGCACUAAUGCAGAUUUUAGCCUCCGCUCUUCACCAAACAAAAGCGGGCACAGAGAUUGGCACGGUUCAAGAUUGGCAUAAGGCGACCAGGUGACAAAUCGGGUGUACAAUGUAGAAGCGGGUUAUUCUUGCCCCACAUCCUCCGCGACAGGCCCCCCAACUCAGCCAGUAGUGGACAGCAUAUGCAAUGGAAGCGUCAGCGGCAUCGCACAACUGCUCUAGGGUGGCGCCAUUUUGUCUUAAGUUGACGGUCUUAAGAUGCACCUGUGUGUUGAGGGAGGAAGGACUGGCCCUGUCCAACAGGCAGUAAUAAUAAUAAUAAAUAAAAUUUUAUUUACCGGUAUAUCCCGUCCUCUCCAGUUGAAGCCGGGCUCAGAGUAGAAGUGGCCAAAGGGCCUACGGGGCAGCAAAACAAUGCCAUCUCCCCAUGGCAGCCCAGGCUCAAAAAUACUCCUGGCUAAUGGGGAAAUCUUUCGAGAUGGAACAGAGGUCCCCUCCUGGCCUUGGUAGUGCAGGUUCUGAGUACAGAUGGGACUCCCUUUGCUCCUAGUUUCCCCCAGUCACUUCCCCUUUCCCCUCACAUAACCCCUCGUAACCAAACAAAAGGAUCCCUGAGGAAAGGAGAAGUGGCAGCCAGGAAAAUCCCUGAAGGGGAAAUGCAGCUAAUUACAGCAAAAUGGGAGCAGUUGUUUUGGGCCUGGGUAUCUUCAGCCAAGGCCUAAAGCAGGGGUAACCAACGUGGUCAUCCCUCGCCCCACAAUGUGACAGGACUACAACUCCCAUAAUUCCUCCUGUUUGCUGGCCAUGCUGGCUCAGGGGUUGAUGGGAGGUGUAGUCCAACAACAUCUGGAGAGCAUCACUUGGUUACCUCCGGCCUAGUUGGUCCACGUUGGAGGAUCCUUUGGUUAAGAGGGGGGGGGCACAUUCAAGGCGCCCACCCUCCAUGGCGGCAGGGUCCAGGGGGCUCUCCUCACUGGGUGUGACGUAUGGCCCCUCUUUUAUCACCUUGUGCGUUGCCACUCCUUGUGCCAACUUGGUUCAAGGCGGUGCUGUUUUCUUUAAAAGCAAACAAAUAUACAGGAGGUGCCAGGCCUCAAACCGGUCUGGGAACACCACCUGCCGCUUUUGUGAAACCUUUUUAUCCUGAGUGUGGGAAUUGGGUGUAAUUACUCAAGGCUGAAGAAAUGGCACUCUGCCCAUGCUCGGGGGCACCUUCCUUCCUUCUCCCCCCCCCCCUUGCCGCCUCCUCUGCGCGCCAAGCUCGAGUCCCAGCGCAAAUUAAACCCCGGUGAAAGUAUUCGAGCCUGCGCGGCGCGUCUUCAAAAUAAAAAGCUAAGGGAGGAAAGCGUGCGGCCUUCGCCCUCUGCUGGUUGUAGGUGCAAAUGGUUGCAGCACUUUGCAAAAAAAUAAUGACAACAGAGAGGGAUUGUGGGAUCGCGAGCUUCCUUCUGUCCAGGAAGACGAGCCCGUUGCACGCGAGGAGGCGGCGGCGCUGAGCUGUUGCUCCUGGAAGCAGAGUCGGGGAGUGGCACACCCAGCCCACGAAGUCCCUGGAAGUCUGUCGGGCCACGGUAAGUGGUGUCUCGCCCCGUCCUUAACUCGCCUGUCGUUUCUUUCUUUCUUUCUUUUUUACUUAAGGCUCAGAAGAGGGUCGAUUUAGGAGCUGCGAGACCUGGGUUCUAAUCCUCCCACUGGGCCAUGAAACUCACCGGUUGACGCUGGGCCAGUCGGUGCCUGCCUGUCCUCCUAACCUACCUCGCAGGGUUGUUGUGGGAAUUAAGCGAGGGGGGGACUUAGGUUGAUCACCUUGAGCGCGUGGGAGGGAAAGGUGGGAUGCGCAGGUAGUAAAUAAACAACAACAGCGAGCCGCAUGCUGAGUCGAUACAGGAGGAGCUUCCCAUAAAUGCCUUGCUUCAUUCCAUUAAGAGAGCUUCCAGACGAACGGGGCAUUAAGGUAGUGCGGUUUUUUUUAGUGCAAAUGCCCUCCCACCAGAUGUCAAGGAAAUAAACAACAAUCUGACUUUUAGAAGACCUAUGAAAGCAGCCCUGUUUAGGGAAGUUUUUAAUGUUUGAUGUUUUAUCAUGUUUUUAAUAUUCUGUUGGGAGCAGCACAGAGUGGCUGGGGGAAGGCAGCCAGAUGUGUGGGGUAUAAAUAAUAAAUUAUAUUAUUAUUAUAUUAUUAUUCUGACCCACCAAUCUCAGUCUGCCCUCAGCCAGCCUCCACUUGCCUUCUUUCUUCCUUAAACAGUCCAGCGCAUGGCCCUGGCUUUAAGUUUGUUCCUCCUGCCCUUUGUAGAACUAAACCAGGAGGAGAAGGGGGGGGGGGGCUUGAAUUAGUUGACUCCACCUGUCAUUGUCUUGGUUUACAGCUGCUUUCCUUGUUUUCCACCCUACUAGCCUAAAUGGACCCUGCUCUUCACCCGUGAUCUCACACAUUCCCGGUUUCUCUUUUCAAUUCUGCCUCUUGCCAGCCACACGAUUAACACACCUUGCUAGUAUGUCUCAGGGCUGUUAUUUUGCCCGUCCCUCUACUGUUACCAUUCUGAGCAUGCGCACAAGUGCUUCUGUCCCUGUGCAUCACAUCUUUUCCUUUCUUUUAAACAACCACCACCGGUAUUUUCCAGGAAGAGCACAAGAGCAAACAUUACCCAACCACAUGGAGUGGUUAUCUUGUUUCACAAUGGACAAGAUCACCUCCACCAGCCGCAUCUCUCAUAUUAUAUUGCUCUUUUAUUUUGAUACUAAUUGUAAGUAAGAAGCUUUGGGGGGUAAAUCACUCUUGGUUGAAUGUCAGCGUAUAGAUGUGAUCAUUAAAUAUAUAUGUAAUAAAAUUUAAAUCUGAUCUAAGAGUCUACUGAAUGCAAGGUUUUGUGGGUGAGCAGUGUCGCACCUCCUCUUGUUUUUGAAGACUUACAGGCCCCUCCCCAGGUGUUGUUGUUUUAAGGUGGUUGUGGUGACUUUGAGGCAGAGAAUCACUUCCUGGUUCAAGCCCCUACAUUUCAUAAGAUACAACUAAGGGAGAGAGAUUGCUUUCCAGUUGCUACAUCCUGCAGAACCAAUUGUCAUCAUCUUAGUUGAUGUGUUUGACCACAUUCCUUUCCCACCUAGUGUUCAAAGUUCACAUGUAUUUGCUCAGCCAUCCACCUAACAUGCCUGUAAAUGCAUGUCAAUAUUGCCUUCGUUGUGCUCACAGGUGCGGGUGGAUUUAAACCAGACACUUCCUGGUUCAUAAUUCCAACUCUUCAGCAGCACCCUGUGCAAACUUGGUCCCUCAUCUCACUCCCGUUUUUCAGGGACAGCAUAUCACUUCCCAGGCUCUGAUUAUUCCUUACAGCUACCCUCAUGACCCACUAUUGAUAUUGUCCCAGGAACAAUGUGAGAACUGGUUACAGUAAAAAUUGCGUCUUCUAAAUAAUUUUGUUUCUUCCACAGAGUGAUUCCCACUUUUAGCUAUGGCUGAACUGGUUCCCUCCCCUGAGGACUCUCCCACUGACCUCUGUUCUGAUACCCCUGUGGAACCACUGGCGGCCCCCGAUUCUCUUCCAGCUGAGCAAUCCCUUGCCGAAAUUGACCUACCUUGCCGCUUUUUCCUAGAAGGUCGUUGCCGCUUUGGUUCCCGCUGCCGGAACAGUCACCCUGGUGACAUGGGAGCUGCUCCUCGUUCAGAAGACAGCGGAUCCAACCGCAGUCGUUCUCCACAAGGCAAGAAGCCCCCCAUGAAGACUGCGGAGGAUGUUAUCUCUCGCCUCCUCUGGGACCCCCAGCUGCCUGCUGAACAUUUUUCUAUUGGUUACCUGGAUCGGUUCUUGGGGGUAUUGGAAGAGCCUUUUGCUGCUUUCUCCUGGGAGGACCUGGCUUCAACCGGGCCUGGCGUGCUAGCUAUCCCCAAACAUAGGAUCCACUAUUUCAAAUACAAGACUCGCGUGGUGUGGGACAAGGUAAGCCGCACAGACGAAGUCUUUGGGUCCACAGGAAGUGGGAGAACCAUCUUGGAGGUGAUGAAGGAAGUCGACGAGGCAGCCGGAACCACUGAGGAAAAGGUUCAGGACCAUCCUUCAAAUGGAGACAGAGAAAAGGGGGUGGGAGGUGUUGGACCAGGGGCAGCUAGAGGCAGCGGAGAAGAGGCGGUCAAUGGUUCAGCCAGAGAAAAACAGGUGGCCGAGACAGUUGGCGGACAGGAUGAGCUGGAUAAUUUGGAUGCCUUCAGCAUCACAAAGGAAAAUGACCCAAUAGUGGAAGAGGAGGAAAACGCGGCUUUGCAGAGCAGGAAGGUGGGACACCUUCUGCAUCGCAAACAGCGUCCCACCCAUUUCAUAGCUAUCCAAGUCACCAGUCGAGAGACCUGGGAAGCUGUGAAACUCUUCCAAGGCGCCCUCUCUGAGGUUCAGCCAGACCUAGAGGAGUUCUAUACCCCUUUGCCUACUCUGCACAUCACACUGUGUCUGCUGCACUUAGAUACCUCGGAACACAUUUGCAAAGCUGUUACGGCACUCCAGGAACUGCAAGCCAACAGCCAGCGCCUGCUGCCCCCCGCCUUGCUUCUCUCCUUCCACAAGGUUGAAGCUUUCCAUUCUCGUGUGCUUUACUUGUCACCAGCACCUACGCCUGGGCUGGGAUCACUGGCCCGGACUUUGGAGGAUGCCUUUAACAAGAAGGGCUUGGCAAUGAUUCCUCCUCCGGACAAAGACAAGUUCCACUUGACCAUGGUGAAGAUCCCACGGGCAAAGGCAGAUCUACGGUUGCCAGCAGAUUCCUCAUGGAUUCCAACUAUUAAUGAUUUAGGAACACAGGCUGUAGAGGCAUUAUGUUUGUGUGAGGUUGGAAAAGGUAGGCGGACUGAUGGGUUUUACACCACGGUUCUGAAAAUAGAUCUAUACUGAGAGGCAGGGGUGGCUUCUCGUUCUGCUGCUUGAGGCGAAACAGUAAGUUUUGCCAUGCUACUGCUACCAUGCACCCUUGAUUUUGGGCAAGAUUGUGUUGAUUUCAGGCGAGAUCUUACCUCAAAUGGACAGGUUUUGUUCAAAACCUGUGCCAAUGGCAAUGGCACUUCUCUGCUGCUGGCAGAGGGCCAGAUGGGACAUGCAUCUGAGGUAGCAGCACCACCCUGCCUUAUGGCUGAGCUGCCUCUGCUGAGGCAAUUGUUAUCAAGCAGCAGGUAAGCAUCUUUGCGGUCAAGAUCCACUCUACAGAAGGGGGUAUAACCCCGUAAAUUGUAUUAUCGUGAACAGCAGGAACACAGCUAAGAUGGUGAACUAGCCUUGAAUAACCUGGGCUGGCUACCUACAGAAGGGAUUUAAGAGGAAGGAUACUAUACUCAUACUGCAUUAAGCUAUUUUGAGGCAACAGUAGGAACUAUGGUGUCCUUUCCCCAUUUAUUCAGGCAAGGUACAUCUGGUAGACUAGAGCAUAAAUACACUGGGGUACUGGGAGCUACAACUUCCAUGUGAAUGAGAACACCAAACUUGGACAACAGGGACACACAGUAGGGAAGUGGCUUGGAUGACAUGGCGUUUUUCCUCCCUUAGGUAACAAAAUGAAGCAAGACUUUUGAAUGCAGAUAAACUUGUUCUGACCAUUAGUCAUGACCAAGACCUUUUGAGAAGAAAGUCACUCAACUGUGCACUUUUAGUUGUACUGAUUUCAAUGGAUGUUUGUCAUGACUAAAUGGCAAGGACUGCAGGCCACUGUCCCUCUACUGUACCAUGUAAGGAGGAAAUCUGCAAACAUUGCAGCUGACUAGCUCAGAAAGGCUGUAGGCUCCUAUGUUCCUCUAACAACCUCCUCCUCUCUCCCCUGUCCCAACACUUUGUAUGGUAGCUUUUGCAGGUCAGCAAAACUAAACACAUCACAUGCCUGUUACUUUCUGGGGGGCAGAUGAAAACAAGCUAGAAUCUCCCUUUGCAUGUGUUCUGUUCCUGUGUUUUGUUCCUAGAGACUGCCCCCCUGUUAAAUUUUAGACACCAACACAGAUUUUUGUUUUCAAAAAUUUGCUUUAAUCAGUUGGAAAAAGAUUCAGAGGUUUCUGUAAAGGAAAAAGGAAUCUUUGAAAAAUCCAGCCCAAGCCAAAACAUCCCAAAAUUACACAUGUUC